CCUUCACUAUCGUCGUCCAUAGAGGUGCAGGAGGCCGAGCUGGAAAACUGCUGACUUCACACUCCGAAUCGUGACGAAUCCGGGAAGGACUCGUCGUUCCUGCUGAAACCUGAUCGAGUUGCGAACGUCAUCGUCUUCAAAGGUUUCUAUGAGCGUUCUACAAACACAAUGGCUUCCAGAUCAGAGGAUCUCUCCUGCUCCAUCUGCCAGGACGUCUUCAAGGAUCCGGUUGUCCUGUCCUGUAGCCACAGCUUCUGUAAAGACUGUCUGAAGAGAUGGUGGAGAGAGAAACUAACUCAGGAGUGUCCAGUUUGUAACAGAAGAUCCUCAAGGAGUGAACCGCCUGUUAGUUUGGUGAUAAAGAACCUGUGUGAGUCCUUCUUACUGCAGAGAGACCAGAGAGCUCCAGAGACUCUCUGCAGUCUGCACUCUGAGAAACUCAAACUCUUCUGUCUGGACCAUCAGCAGCCGGUGUGUGUCGUCUGCAGAGAUUCAGAGAAACACACCGACCACAGAUUCAAACCCAUCGAUGAAGCUGCAGAGGAUCUCAAAGAGGAGCUCCAGAGAUCCCUGAAGCCCUUAAAGGAGAAACUGAAGCUGUUUGAACAAGUCAAAGGAAACUGUGAUCAAACAGCAGAACACAUGAAGGUCCAGGUCCAACACACAGAGAGACAGAUUCAGGAUCAGUUUAAGAAGCUUCAUCAGUUUCUAGAGGAGGAAGAGGAGGCCAGGAUCUCUGCUCUGAGGGAGGAAGAGGAGCAGAAGAGUGGGGUGAUGAAGGAGAAGAUGGAGGCUCUGAGCAGAGGGAUAGCAGCUCUUUCAGACACAGUCAGAGCCACAGAGGACGAGCUGAGAGCUGAAGACGUCUCGUUCCUCAACAACUACAAGGCUGCAGUGGAAAGAGUCCAGCAGCGCCCCCUGCUGGAGGAUCCACAGCUGCUCUCAGGAGCUCUGAUAGACGAGGCCAAACACCUGGGCAACCUGACCUUCAACAUCUGGAGCAAGAUGAAGGACCUGGUCUCCGACAGUCCUGUGGUUCUGGACCCAAACUCUGCUCAUCCAGACCUCAUCCUGUCUGAAGACCUGACCAGUGUCAGAGGAGGAGAGAGACAGAAGCUUCCUGAAAACCAAGAGAGGUCUAAUAACUUUAAACCCAUCCUUGGUUUUGUCUCAAGGACUCAGUGCUGGGAUGUGAGCGUUAAAGACAGUGCAUCUUGGUUUCUGGGUGUGGCAAAAGAGCCUGUUGAGAGGAACGGAAGUAUGUGGUCUAGAAUAUGGAGAAUAGGGUUCUCUCAUGGUAAAUAUAAAGCCUUCGCCCCUUUGGCCCCACCGAUCGUUCUAUCGGAACCGAAGAAGCUCCAGAUGAUCCGAGUGAAUCUGGACUGGGACCGAGGACUACUGUCGUUCUCUGACCCUAACACCAACACACACAUACACACCUUCACGCACACCUUCACCGAGAAGGUGUUUCCAUACUUCAGCGGUCGCGAUGAAUUCCCGACAGAGGCAGUAGGCGACGGUGGGAAAUGCGCGGAGCGCGUCGUGCCCGAUGACGAUCGUCCGGAGAGGCAGCUGUGGCGGGUGUGGCUCAGCGGUGCAGCUGGUCGCCCGUAGAGCGUUCCAUCGCGGGGCUCCUCAAAUCCACGUCCAUGUGUCCUCGGGCAAGAGGCCGAACCCCCGAAUUGCUCUGCGAGACUUGACUCGUCUGCUGGACAGGUGACACCUGGUGGCCACAGCCGCCAGCAUGUGAACGGCAUGAGUGACGUUGUUUAAAAGUGCUUUCCAGAACGUUUUCAUUGGAUUUGACCCGGAAUGAUACCUGAAUAUUAUUUCCUUGCUGAUUUGGGGAAACAAAAGUAGUCUCUGCUCCUCUGUCACUCUGAAUCAGAAGAUCAAAAUGUUGAAUAAAUGAAGAAGAAUGUCCUUUUUCAUGACGCCGUCUGAAAAAAGAGGUUUCAGACUUUUGAAUUAAAGCAAUAAAACAACAAUGCAAGCUGGAAACAAGUGACGAUGUUCUGGAUGAGUUGGCGGCCACCCCCGUAUUAAUUUCAGGGAGGUUUUCCAAUGUUUCGUCUCACAAGCAGAUUAUGCAGAAGUUUAAUUUUUUUGGACUAUUUAUUUGCAUGCAAGUUAACCUAAACAGUUUAAUCUUUUGGCUUGGUUUCACUAACCAUCAUUUCAGUCACAUUUGAUCAACAUAAGUACACAUAAUACCGUUGUCUGUGGUUAUAGUUUAUAAUGAUUUUUGUUGUUGAGGCAGUGCGCAUGAUUUUAGUCUGUUAUGAACAUUUAAAACCUUCAUAAUGUAUUUCAUAGCCUUUUUAAUCUGUAACCUGCUUGUUUUUAAUCUUCUUUUAAACAACUUUAACUGUAAACCAAUAAAGGAUGAAUUGAAGAAGGAGAUAUGUAUAUGUAUGGAACAUUUAAAUAUGUAAUUGUUUUAGGUAUCAUACAUUACGAGUCUACACAAGCUGCAUUGUUUGAAAAUAAAAAUA